AUGAUGCUUCUCAUUGCAGCUUUCCUCCUUCUUGCAGCCACGGCAGUAGCCUCUACUUCCUCGUGCGCGGCUACGACCCUACACCUACCCGACCCCCCUUACGACAACUACUUCUACUCGGACUGCCAUGUCGAUGCCCAGGCCGUCAUCACAAGCCCACUUCCAGACAGCAAUCUCUCCAUCAUCGGACCGCGCUUGAUUGUCGCCUGGCCGGGCGGCAACAGCGGCGUGUGCGCCUUCUUCGCGCCCCAAAACGGCAACAAUGGCAGUCUCGCCAUCGCGCUCGUCAACUCGACACUGGGCUCUCCUCUGUCGUCCGUGGUGCAGAAUGGCUCGUCAAAAGAACCCAAGACUGGCGUCCAAGGGGUUCUGUCUUUCAAUAACUCCGCUUCAUUAUCCCUGUCCAUUCUCGGCAGCGUGCGCACCAUUCGCGACUUUGUCGAAGGCCCGAGCCUUCUCACGCCCUUGAUCCAGGAUGCUGUCAAGAUCCAACACGUCAACGGCACCGCCGUGCAGAUAUCCCGCCUGUGGCUCGACAACGUCACCACCACAACCCUCACACUCUCGCCUUGGCAGAACCAGGACGGACGGGUUCACGUCACCAAUAAGACUGUCACGCUCGGUGCCGGCUUCUACCGCUUCUCCGCCACUUACAACUACCCGCAGCUGAAGCAGCUAAAGCCGCAGGAUAUCCUACGCAACGAAUCCAUGUCGCUUGUCGGUAUAGACCCCGAACAAGUCGACGCCUUGUCCUUCUUUUCGUACUCUGACAAGCUUCUCGCCGGCGGCUGGCGCUUCCUGACCUACUUUGGCAGGGACAGCAUGAUUGCUACCCUCUUGCUGCAGCCGAUCCUAAAGAGCGGCCCCGGGUCCGCCAUGGAAGCCGUUUUGGGCGCGGCGCUGGAGCGCAUCAACAAGACUGACGGCACGGUGGCCCACGAAGAGACCAUUGGCGACUAUGCCACCUUCACCAACAUGCAAAACGGCAUCUUCAACUCCACGGCCGCCGGGUUUACCUAUCAAAUGAUUGAUACCGACUACUAUCUGCCCAUUCUCAUGAACAGAUACUUCCAAGGAUCGCCCGAACGCGUGAGGCCGCUGCUGACGACCAAGGCUGGCGCGGUGAAUGUGGCGAACAAGAACAUGACGUGGGGCGACUUGGGUCACAGACUGGCCUCCAAGAUUAUGAACCUCACGGCGGCUUUCGAACAGCAGCAGACGGCGGCCAAUCUGAUGCAUCUGCAGGACGGCGUUCCAGUCGGACAGUGGCGUGACUCCGAACGCGGUCUAGCGAAUGGCCGCAUCCCGUUUGACGUCAACUGCGCACUUGUGCCGGCUGCUCUGCGCGCGAUUGCCAGCUUGUCCGCCAUGUCCGGUGUCUUUCCGGCCGAGGACGCGCAAAAGUGGCGGGCGGCGGCUGGCCAGCGCGCCGACGUGUGGCAGAACAAGACGCUCGCAUUUUUCAAAUACAGCGACUCUGUCGGCAACAGCACCGCGCUACUGGAGAAUUACGUCAAGGAAAAUACAUUCUACAACGGUCCGACACACGCAGACUCUGUGGCGAACUACUCUUCUGGAGAGACGCUUGUGGACUAUGGCCUUGCUCUGCCAAGUGCGAAUGAUUCGGGCCCCCUCCGCAUCACGCAUACCGACACUGCGUUCCGCAACGUGCUUCUUUUCAAUACGACGGAUGAUGAAAACCAGCUCACCGAAUUCAUCAACUCGACUGCGAAUGCUAUCCUGCGCCCCUUUCCCGCCGGGCUCACGACGCCGAUUGGCGCCGUCGUGGCGAACCCAGCCCUGUCCGGGGAUGCCACCAUCAUUGCCAACUUUACCAACGCGGCGUACCACGGCACCGUCGUCUGGAGCUGGCAGCUCGCCCUUGUAGCCCAGGGGUUUGCGCUGCAGCUGGGACGAUGCGGCAACACCACCACCAGCCAGCCGGCGGCGUUCUGCCUCGACGUGUCCGUGUACGGCGCGCUUCGGGCCGCGUACAAUCGCAUCUGGGACGUAAUUGAGGACAACCAGAGCACGCUGCAGUCCGAGGUGUGGAGCUGGACGUAUUCGCCGAAUUCGACGCGCCGGGACGGGUUCACGUACGCGCCGCUCGGCGUGCUCCCGCCGCCGCCGGGCGCGGGGGCCGGGACGGAGAGCGAUGUGAGGCAGCUCUGGAGCUUGGUGUUCCUGGCGAUGAGUCGCGAUAUACAGUAUAGGAACUGA